GAGAAACUGCACUUUACACUUUGCCAGAGGAGACUGUAACACCAACACGUCCAUCAGACAAUGUGUGUUCACACAUGAAAAGGAAAACAUGGCUGCAUUUAGAAGAAAUUAUACAAGCUGUCACAGGUUCAAAAUGUUAACAAGGUGGUUAACUUUCACAGCUUUUCUGGCUGGCUCAGCAAAUCCAGAAAAAGCAGCUACUGGCCAGGGCACUCUGACCGUAGCACCAACCUGCAGGGUCAAAGGUCAUCCAGAGGAAGAGCUGACUUUAAACUGUGGAGACGGACAGAACGCAGGUAUGGUCCAGUACUGGCACACCCCCUUUGGAGACCUCCAGACCCCUGGUUUCCACAGUAAACUGGACGCUGUCUUCAUGCACCAUGAUGGGAGCCUGGUGCUCCCCAAUACCAGCAUCCUCCACAGCGGCCUGUACUACUGCUGCCUGCAGCACACAGAGGGAAACACACUGUGGCCGUACGAGCUCCAUGUUGGUCAUAACAAUCAAAAGAACCAUGAACGCAGCAAAUAUGAGAAACACAGCAGCUGGGAUGCGUUCAGGUUCAGGAGGGAUGUUGGGUCUGUGGAGGAGAAGCAGGCAGGUGAUUCAGAUGGGCAGUUUGUAGGAGCUGUGGUGGCAUCAGUGCUGCUGACGUUUGUGGUGGGCUUCAGCGCUGGAGCUCUCACCAGGACUCAUGUUCUCAGGUGUUUAGGGGCAGUCAUUACAAGGUUGCGUUCACUACGACAAAAACAAUGCCAGACUGACAGGCCGGACCAUGGCUCUGAGGUCACCAUGGCAACCCUGCCACCCAUGUACGACAACCAGGCCUUUGAGAUGGAACAGGUGUGGGAUGACGACUCUGCGAGUUGUGCAACCAUGGAGACGACGAUUUCGCCAACAAGCUCAUUUCCCCCUGACAAACCUCAGAGGAGCUUCAGGAACAAACGAGAGGAGGAGAAAGAAACCACUGCCUAUCUGGAGGGAUGCGACUACAUGAAAGAGGAGGAGAGAAGGAUGGAGAAGGUGGUGGCGGCAGGAAGAAGUCUGGAGAAAAAGAAUAAAGGGUGUGAUGGGGAGGUAGAGGAGGAGGAGGAAAGAGAGUUCAGUGGUUUCUAUCUAUUAGGAGGAGAAGAUGGAGGGCAUCAAACUGAAACAGAUGAGGAUGAGCGCAGUGAGGAAAGAGAGGAGAAAGAUGGAAGAGAGAACAGGGAGGAAAAGAAGGAAUGGAGACAGGAGGAAGAGGUGGAGGAGGCAGGAGAGCAGGAGAAUAGGAGCAAGGAGGAUAAAGAGGACAGGAGAGGAAGUGAGGGGGAGGCAGUAGGUAACAAGAAGAAAGGCAGUGAUGAGAGGAGGGAGGAGGUGGAAGGAUGGAGAGAGGAGAAAGAGGGCGGUGAUGGAGAAAAGAGGAGGAGAGAGGAAGAUGGAGAGACAGACAUUUGCAGAGAUUCUAAAUCAUCUACAGACACAAAACAGGAGGACACAGCGAAAAAUGGCAUCACAGAAGGGGGAGGAGAACCAUCGUCCUCCAUGACCUGCCCGGGCCGUCGCAGCCGCGUCAUUCGCCUGUACCAGUACGACGAGGACGGCCAGCGAUACUGCCACCUUCCAGACCCCGCCCCUGAUGAGCCAGGCCCCACCCCCAGGCUCAAACAGCGCUCCGUCUCCCUGACACGCCUCAACGCCAUCAUGGCUGCCGCCUCAGCAGGGCCGCUGGACACAAGAGAGACAGGGAGGGAGGAGACAGAGGAGAGGCCACACUUCCACAUGGAGAUAUAACAGAGACACUACAGAGGGUCGACAAAAUAACGACAUCAUCACGUCAGAGGAGUUUAAAGGGCUGUUCGAUCUUCAGUAGGAACCAAUCGGCUUGAGGGCCACAGAAAGUACUGAGUGACAAACCAACACAUUAUUGGCUUUGAUCUUUUCAUGGGAUUUGAAUAUCACCAGUCUUGUCCUUUAAUGUUGUCAUUUACCUUACAAUCAGCUACCUAUAUCUUUGCUAUAAAAAAAAAAAAGA